UGAACAAACGUCGGGCGGGUUGUCAAUAAAAAAAAAAAAACUUUUUAAUUUUCUACCUUUUUUUUUGCUGCAAAAAAUCGAAUAAAUUUAAUUUUUUCUAUCAUCUCAAAAAAGUUAAUUGAAUUACUUCGAAUGUAAGUUUGUGUGCAAAUUCAAUUCAAUUCCAAUAUAAAUAAAGUUCCAUUAGAAAGUUUAAGACGAAAACGCAAAUGAAAAUUUGUAUAAAAUUCAGUUCCGACCCGAUGUUUGCAAAAGUUCAUCGAAAAAAAUAAAAAAAAAAAGUGUCGAAAAGAAAAGUUUUUCUUUUUUGUUUUAUUUCUGUGUGGUGUUUGUCUCUUCCGUUUGGCUAUUUACCGUCGCCGUCGUUUUGACUUCUCCCUAUUUUUUAAUUUAUUCGCAAUUUGGUGGUGAUUCAUUUUUUUUUUUACAAGCUCACCGCGGACAGGAAUAACAAAUUAACAAAAAAAAAAAAGUACACCUACCGGACAACAGAAAAAUCUCCUCUUUAUUUUUUGUUGCUAUUUUUCGUCCCUUUUUCAUCCUGCAUCGCCAUCACCUGGCUAAAAUAUGAAUUAUUAAAAAAAAAAGAGAAAAAAAAUCAUAGGUGAGCAAACCAUCGAUGUGCAUUUUGUUUGUUCUAAAUUGAGCCUCUUCCAAAAAUUGUCUACUCGGCUCGAUAGCUUUUCGAUAGGUUGGUUGAUAGGUACACAUAUAAGCAUUGAGAGACACCGAGGACCGAGAGCAAAGGUGUUUUUACCACCGCCACCCAAUUUGGCUUAUCUCCCACGAUUUUUUUGAUUAUGACAAUCAAUAACCCUGGGAUCAGAUCAUAUUGGUCAAUCUUGUCGUACCACACGUAGUUCAUCGACCCCUGAAAACAAAGGAAAGGAAAAUAUAAAAUGAGAAAACACAUUUUCUUUUUGGGAUAGAACUCAAACAAAACAACAACAAAAAAAACAUUGAAGUAACUAUAUAACUUAAUUAAAAUCACAUACGGAACGAGACAAAGACUAAAUAAACGAAGAAAUGGCAACAAUUCCACCAGGCAUCAGAGUUGUUCGCGGACCAAAUUGGAUAUGGCAAAAUCAAGACGACGGAGAAGGUCACGUCGGUACAGUUUGUGAGAUAGGACGUUUCGGAUCAGCACAUUCCCCCGAGAAGACAGUUGUGGUGAAUUGGGAUUCCGGUCAUAGAACAAAUUACAGAGUUGGAUAUCAGAAUCAGUACGAUUUGAUAAUCAUAGACAACGCACAAGUUGGUGUUCGCCAUUCAAACGUGGUAUGUGAUGGCUGCUCGAAAGGUGGAAUAGCCGGAAUUGUCUUUAAGUGCGCGCUGUGUUCUAAUUAUCAUUUAUGCGCCUACUGCUAUGGUGCUGACCUGCAUGAUACAGAACAUCCGUUUAUUCGUUACACUACACCCACAUCUCUUGGUGUGAGAGUGCCUCCACGUAAAGGAUCUGGAAAAAUUCAACUGAAAGGAAUAUUUGUUGGAGCAAAAGUUGUUCGUGGUCCAGAUUGGGAGUGGGGACAACAAGACGGUGGAGAAGGUAAGAGUGGGCGUGUUAUGGAAAUUCGUGGAUGGGACAACGAAUCUUGUCGAAGUGUAGCAAAUGUAUCUUGGGUAACUGGUUCAACAAACGUUUAUAGACUCGGUCAUAAAGGAAACGUAGAUUUAAAAUAUAUAGUUCCAACAUCUGGAGGGCAUUAUUAUAAAGACCAUAUGCCUGUGUUAGGUCAACCUGAAGAACAACAACCCGUUGUUCCCACUGUCAAGCCUGUCUUUUCAGUUGGAGAUCGUGUUAAAGUAUGUUUAGAAGUAGAUGCUCUCAUGAAAUUACAACAAGGACAUGGUGGCUGGAAUCCUCGAAUGGUUGAACAUUUAUCAAAAUUAGGCACAGUACAUAGAAUAACAGAUAAAGGUGAUAUAAGGGUACAAUAUGAUAACUGCCCUAAUCGUUGGACAUUUCAUCCGGCAGCUUUAGUAAAAGUAUGCUCAUUUCGGGUUGGUGAUUUAGUAACAAUAAUAAAUGAUGCAGUUAAGGUGCAACAAUUGCAAAAAGGACAUGGAGAGUGGAUUGAACUAAUGAAAUAUGCUCUUGGCAAACAUUGCAAAGUGAUAAAAGUCUAUUCCGAUGGUGAUCUAAGAAUUCAACAGCUCGAUGAUGGUCUCGAAUGGACAUUGAAUCCCAAAUGCGUUAAACUAGAAAGAUCUCCACUGGCAACGGCAGCCGAACGUUCCAACAGCAUGAUGGACCUAAGUCAUCGCCGCACUGACCAUGUCAUGACACCGCUCUCAGGAUUAUCAGGAACCUCGCUAGCUGACAAAUUGGUUCGUGAAGCUGCACAAGGUCAUCUGGACUUUGUCAAACAAUACUUGGAACAAAAUCCCCAACAAGUCGACGUUAUGAGUGGCGGCAAAGCAUGCAUCCAAGUAGCUGCCCAUCAGGGCUAUGUACACUUAGUCAACUACCUUAUAAGUAAAGGAGCCAAUGUGAAUAUUGUCGAUAAAGAAGGCGAUUCCACAUUGCAUUAUGCUGCAUUUGGUAAUCAACCCGAAACAAUGCGGAUCCUCUUACAAAACGGAGCCGAUAUUAACUUUCUAAACUCAAGUCAUUGUUCAGCGCUGCACAUAUGCGCUCACAAGAAAACACCUCAUUGUGUUCGUCAGCUGUUGGAAUUCGGUGCCGAUGUGAAUAUCCAAGAUUCAUACGGUGACACCGCACUUCACGAUGCUAUUGCCAAAGAAAAUACUGAAGUUGUUGAACUUUUAUGCAGCGCUCCAAAUUUAGACUUUACUGUCAAAAACAAUCGUGGUUUCAAUGUAUUGCAUCACGCCUCGCUUAAGGGAAACGUCAUUGCGGCCAAGCGUAUUCUCCAUUUGUCUCGUCAACUUGUCAAUGUUAAGAAAGAUGAUGGGUUUGCAGCAUUGCAUUUGGCUGCUCUCAAUGGGCAUGCCAAUGUCGUUGAGGCACUAGUCUUGGAAGGGCAAGCCGAAAUCGAUAUACGUAAUAAUCGGAGACAAACGCCAUUCCUGUUGGCCGUUUCGCAGGGCCAUGCGGCCGCCCUUGAAAAACUAGUCAAUUUAGGUUGUGAUAUUUUAGCGAAGGACGAAGACGGUGACAACGCAAUGCAUUUAUGUGUGAUCAAGAAAACAAAUCUUCAACAGGCCUCAGCACCAACUGAAGCGCCAGAAAUUCUGGAAAUAUUCAAUUGCUUGACUCAUUUGACAGAAUAUAGGUUGAUGUAUACGAUAUUAUGUUACUUAGCUAAGAGGGGAUGCCAAAUCGAGCCGAAUAACAAGGGGGCGACGAUAUUUGAGUGGAUUACCGAACAAGAAGAGAAGGAUUUGAUUCUAAGCUAUCAAAGAAUGGCUAGCAAUGUAGCAACAUCUUCUGCUGCUGUGCUUAACAAUGAGGGUAUAAAUCAGUUAACCAGAAAUAUUCAGACCUUAAAUCUAAAUGAAAGUGUUGAAAGUGCGAAUAUAAGUUCGGAUGGCAAUGCUUUGAGUGGAGAAGGGGCAGCAUCAAUUUCAACACCACCACCAGUUCCAGCACAAAGAGGCCAGUCAAAUCAUCACCAGCAGAUGCCUCCUUCAUCGUCAUCAGCAGCACCAUCACCUGCAGACGACACAUCAAAUAUGCAAGUGCCAAAGAAGCAGAACAAUUCGGAUACAUCAAGUUAUCUUGAAAUGAAUCCCAGCAAAAGUAACAAAUUUGAGAAUUUAUUGUCACCUGUUCUGCCACCGCCACCGACUUCAGCAACUGGCAGUCAUGUUAGUCGUAAACAACAAAACAAACCAAUACCAACGCCAGUAUUUAUAACUGAGCCAAAAGAGUGUAUAGUCUGCGAUGAGAUAUUGCAUUUAAUUAAAUUUGAGCCGUGUCAACAUCAGAUAUCUUGCGAAGAAUGUGGCCUUAGAAUGAAGAAAUGCCUCAGUUGCGGUAUGAUGAUUGAGAAACGUGUUGGCCAAAAUGGGCGCUUGGUUACGGGAAAAGACACAACACGAACGUCGUCGGCAGAUCGCUUGCGUUAUUUGGAAAAUAAAAUACAGGAGUACGAAGAGUGUCACUAUUGCAGUAUUUGUAUGGAGCGGAUUAGAGAUGUUGUAUUUUUGUGCGGACAUGGAGCUUGUAGUGUGUGUGCAGAAACACUACGCACAUGUCAUAUGUGUAGGAAAACUAUUCUUAAGAAGAUUAAUCUCUACUAGAUGUCCAACUUAAAUAAAAUUCGGAUGUUUGGAGGAAGAAAGUUGUCGUUUUUGCAAGAUUAAUUGAUGAUCGGUUCUUCUAGAAGCAACUAUCUUGCAAAGCGGUCAGUAUUCUGUUCGAUGUUUUAAUGUAAAUAAAAUGUAAUGCUUUCUUUAAUCUAAUGUACGAGUAUAAGAAAAAUAUUCACAGCAUUUGUUUCGUUUUUUUUUUUUUUAGAUAAAUGGUUAAAUUUAAUAUUUGUGAGUUAUGAAAUGAAAAAAAAAAAAAUAAAGGCUGACAUGUGGAAAAGUAAUAUACAUACAAUACUAUCUCCCAAACAAAUUGUUCUUUUAUUUUUUUAAAAGAAUAUAAAUCAAUGUGAAAAGAAGACCGAUCUUCAUUGAAUUUUUUGUUUUAAACUUUGUUGUGAAAUCUUUUCUUGGUAACUAAAAAAAAAAACUUAAACUUAAUGAUAUUUUUUUAAAAACUAAAUAUUUUUUUUAACUAUGCAUUUGUUUAAUUGUGAAUUGUGUAUAUAAGAAAUAUUUGAAAAACUAUGUGUAAUUGGGUAUUAAAUCAUUAAACAAAUAUAAAUUAUAUUUAAAUAACUUUCAUUAUCCUAAACUCGGCAGAUAGAGAAAACCAAACAUGAAAUACGCUAAGAACACACCAAUUCUGUGGGUGUCAAAUGAUUGCAAAAAAUGGAUAUUUUUGAAUAGAUCUUUCAAUUGUUAAUAAAAAGAAAAAAAAAACAGUUCUUCAUAUUCUUACACCGAAAGCCUUGGCUUAAGAGGGUUUACUUGUUGCCUUGUCUUUGAGCUUUAAAAAAUACCAAUAAUUUUAUUUGCAAUCACUUACAUGCAGAAAUUGCAGUUGGUUCUUAGUCAACAAUAUACAUUUUAAAUUUAAAGUUGACUUUACUCGAGUGAAUGUUUUUUUAAAAACCGGAAAAUUUUAAAAUAGAAUUAAUUUUGUUUUUUUAAUUAUUUAAAUUUUUUGUAGUAAGGUCAACUAAACAAAGGUUUAAAAUUGUAGGAUAAAAAAACUUUUAAUCAAAUGGAAUCAUAGUAAAAAAAUAAACUUAAUUUAUCAUUUAUUUUUAACAACCGCUAUUAUUUAAUUCAGCGCACAUUAACCAUACAUAUUCAUAUACAAUAAAACAAAAAACAGCCAAAUAGGAAGAAAAAUAAAUACUUAAUACUUGACCAAUUAUGUUAAAAAUACAAUUUAUAAUAAUUAACCACAUAACAUCGAUUUGUUUUUUUUUUAUUUGUUAACAUUAUAAGAAAACUUUCAAACUAAAAAGAUAUUAAAUCAUUUAUUUUAUGUUUAAGUUAAUAUUAUGUUAAGUAAAUUAAUGUCAGUUAUUGCAGUAAACCUCUUCUCCGAACAUAAAAACAAAAGAAAUAUUGUAAAAAAAAUCAUGUUUAUUUAAAAUAAUAAUUAAUUUCAUAAAUAUUAAGUUGUUUUCAUUUUGUUGAUUUUAUUUUAAUUUUUUUUUUUUUUCGUUUUAUAAGUUGUGUAGAUUUUAAGGGAUAUUAUUAUAUUUUUAUGUAGUGUUUUUUGACUGUUAAAAAUUAAAACUGAUCAAAAAUAAGAACCAUUAUGAUUAUAUAAACAUAAAUAAUUUUGGAAUAAAAAAAAAGUAUUUAUUAAUGUAUAAAAAUUGUUGUUUUUAAUUUUAAACGAUUUUCGUUCUCCAAUUUUAAGGCAAUAUUAUGACUCGCGAGUCGCAUGGAAAAAUAAACGAAUGUGGGUAUUUGACAUUUCGGUUUGCCGUUUGCGACUCAGGGUUGAAGGGUUAAUAAAAAACUUUUUACUAACCUUA